AUGCCAAAACCAGGAAAAUCAGGUCGAAACAUUGUAGAAAUGCUGACUGACAAAGGGAGCGACCAAGCUGCUAAAGCUAAUGCUACCACUUCAGUACAGGUGGAGGAAGAGAUCACGCCAACUUCCUUGAAGGAUUUAAUUUCAUCCACCAUCCCUCAAAAGAUCGGAGACAUUGAAGAGGCACUCAACGACUCAGUCGGCCGGUUGACGGCAGUGGAGAAACUGUGCAGCACGCUGCAAUCAGAAAACACCAGCCUCAAACUCAAGCUGGACGACCUGGAGAAUCGUGAGAGUUUAGAUGAUGUAUACACUCCCUAUUUAGACGUGUCACAACUCAGAGUCUCCUACAAUGUGUAUAAGGCUGUGUAUCUCAUAGCACAUGCACUACAUGACAUGAGUACAUGUGAACCAGGAAAAGGCCCCUUUCAGAAUGGGACAUGUGGGUGUCUGUAUCCUAUUCUGCCAUGGCAGCUCCUGUACUACAUGAAACGAGCACAUUUCACAACAUUUGGAGAAGAGGUCAGAUUUGAUGAAAACAGUGAUCCAAUUGCAUCCUAUGACCUGAUGAACUGGCAAAGAGGGUCUGAUGGCUCCUUUCAGCUAGUGAGGGUGGGAUUCUAUGAUGCCUCCCUCGAAAAUGACAAAGACCUAAUAAUAAAUGAACCAGUGAUUAUGUGGCACAGAGGAGAGAAGGUCUAUUCAUUGUGCAGUCAAAGCUGUCUUCCAGGCUCCAGGAAAGCCAGGCAAAAAGGAAAGCCAGUUUGCUGCUUUGACUGUAUACCAUGUGCUGAAGGAGAGAUCAGUAAUCAAACAGACUCAAUUGACUGCCUGACCUGUUCAAAGGAAACAUGGCCAAACCAAGCCCAAGACCAGUGUAUUCCUAAAACUUUAGAGUUUUUGUCCUUUCAGGAGCCCUUGGGAAUAAUUCUAUGGGCAUUUUCAGCAUUUGGGGCCUGUGUAGCAUUAGCAGUGAUUGGUGUGUUUAUAGUGUACAUGAAGACACCAGUUAUACGAGGAAACAAUAUAGAGUUAAGUUUCCUUCUCCUUCUGUUCCUCUGUGCAUGCUUUCUGAUUGGCCUAACAUUUAUAGGGAAGCCGACUGACUGGUUAUGUCAGAUUCGUUAUCCAGCCUUUGGAAUAAGCUUUACUCUCUGUAUUUCAUGCAUCUUGGCAAAAACUGUAGUAGUUUUAAUGGCUUUCAGAGCCACACUCCCUGGCAGUAAUGUCAUGAAGUGGUUUGGCCCUGCUAAACAAAUAUCAAGUGUAAUCUUGUGCACUUUUGUGCAAGCACUUAUUUGCAUCAUAUGGUUAACAACGAAUCCUCCUUUUGCUUCAUACAACACCAAGUUCUUAAGUGCAACUAUAACUGUUGAAUGUGCUGUCGGAUCUGAAACUGGAUUUUGGUGUGUGCUAGGAUAUAUUGGCUUCCUAGCUUCUUUGUGCUUCUUUUUAGCAUUUUUGGCCAGAAAAUUACCAGACAACUUCAAUGAAGCUAAAUUCAUCACAUUCAGCAUGCUUAUAUUUUUUGCUGUGUGGAUAACAUUCAUUCCAGUUUAUGUGAGCUCUCGUGGAAAAUAUAUGGUUGCUGUCCAUGUCUUUGCUAUUCUAGCAUCUGCAUUUGGUCUCUUGCUUUGUAUAUUUGCUCCUAAAUGUUAUAUUGUAUUACUGAAACCCGAGAGAAAUGACAAAAAGCAUAUGAUGAAAAAAUAG